AAGAAAUGUGUCGCCCACUAGCUGGGUAACCACAGCAUACGAUAUACGAGUCUCUUUCGCUUUACACGACCAGCGCUAUCGGUGGCCAAUUGUCGAACCACAUCAUGAUCGAUCGCGACCCGCCAACAUGAGCGCCGCCACCGACGUUAUCGUUGUCUCUUCUUCUCCAGAGCGCAUACCCUGUCACACACCAACUGGGCCUCCAGCAUAUGACCCCGAGCGCUUAUUUGGACUCUCUCCCCGAGAGUACUCUUCGCCUUCCGUACCGUCGCCAUCGGAGCUCUUCCGAGCCAAAUCGCAGUCCAGAUUUUUCAGCACCAAAAACCAGGCGGAUGGCGCGCGACCCGACGCAAACGAAAUUUCUCGAGAACCCACGAACGCCGGAGAAGCGAACAAAACCGGACGGGAAACGAAAUCGAAACUACUGGGGGUAGGGGAAAAGCGGAGGGGAAGGAAACCGAAGGUCGCUCGCGACGAACAGGAUGCGCCUGCUGAGUUAGAGUCAUCUGUUGCAGGGAAGAAUGCGAACACUUCGGAAGUGAACACCGGCACGAAAAAGAAGCGAUCUGUGGGCUCUAAAAAGCAAACCAAAUCGGCAAAUAAGACCCUCACUGGAAGAGUCGCGAAAUCUGGCAGUGUGGCUACGAUAGAACCUUUAAAGGCGGACUGCUGUCCAUCGACUCCAAAAUUCUCUUCAGAGCAGAAAGCCGCGGAGCAAACGGAUGAUUGGCAAAAUGAUGGAUUGCAGCUGGAACCGGCGAUGAAACGAAGGUUGGACUGGACGCCUGUCAAGAAUACGACAAAGAGCGUUUGCGAAACCGUUGUUGAGUUGGAAGAGGUGUCUCAUUCGGCCAAUGAUUCUGGUUUUGGAGGCCUAAUCUCUGGCUAUGGGUUCAAUGGGGUCUCGGAUACGUCUAGGGAUACCCCUAACGUGGCUGAAGAGGCCGGACCGACCAAGCGGCGCCGGAUAGAGCUUGUAGAUUCAAGAUGUCAUCCUACGGCACUUCACGCAUCGAACACUACCUCUGAUAAUACACCUACCGAGAGUGAAACACAAUUUUCGAAGACGCAGAAACCCGAAAGGAAACGCAAAACAAAACCCAAGAAGAUCACUACGCUCACAGGCCGUGUCACAGCACUGUAUAAUAAUAGUGUUGCCGAAUCUACCGACUCCGCAUCCCAAGCAACACUAGAUUCCGGGGAGGGCGCAGUGGCAACGAAACAGAAUAGGGCCAAGUCUAAACGAAAGGGGAAAGCGACUUCGCAACCCCAGGAACCUCAAUUCACUGUUCUCUCUCCGGAGGCGGCUGCAAAGUCUAUCGAGGACCAGGAUCUUGUCUUUGGUACCUGCAGUCAAUUGGAGAGGGAAGAGUCGCCAGAGACGCUACGGGAGAUGCAGGCUGCAAUUUACGAGUCGGAGAGGAGUAUGGCUACAGAUCCUUUACCGCAAGGGUCGAGACCUGGUUUAUCAUCUAACACGAUUACUCGAUUCAACAACACAAAAAGCCUGUGGUCUAUCGCAGCUAGGGACAGUGAAGGAUCACUUGUUCAAGCAGAAGUUUUGGACAUGGUGGAUAUGUCUGCUCUUUCGAAGAGCUCGAGAGAGAGCAACGAGGACAAAUGUCCUGAGAAGAGCAUUAGCAACGAACAAAUAAACGACAACAGCAAACAGCACGCUGUAAUCGAGCUAGAGACCGACAAACAAGUCCCGGUCGUAGACGCUGCUUCAUCUACUGCGCCAACAACUAUAUUACCCCAAGAACCACAGAUCUCGCAAGACAAACCACAAACACCUCAACUCCCCGAAACAAACCCUCCAAUGCCGCAGUUCAACGCUUUUACAGAUGCCGAACUCUCAAAGCAAAUCACCUCCUACGGCUUCAAGCCGCUCAAAAGCCGCAAGAAAAUGGUAGAGCUACUCCAGAAAUGCUGGGAGUCCAAGCGAGGCCCUCACUCCAAUGCCGAUGAUAAACAGCCGAAUCCUCCAGCUUCACAAACUUCCUCAUCCCAGCAACAUGCGCCUGAGAAACGACAGCGGAAGACCAACACGACCAAAAAGACGAGCACCACAUCCAAGGCAAAGUUUCAACCGCGUACCUCGGCCAAGUCAGCAGCAGUCAAUGCUCAGUCUCAAGCCUCAGACCCAAAGGAUAACAACCAGCCACCUAGCGUGCGCGCGUCAACCCCGGAAACAGUCCCACCAAGACGAUCGUUUAUCGACGUAGAAGAAAUCGAAGACUCCGAAGACGAAGUCAUCCCUUCCCCCCACCGUUUACAAGGCCGGUAUACAACCAACCCCACCGAAAAAAAGCAACAACAAUCUUUACCCAUCACACCCCUCCCAAUCAGCCCCUCAAAAGCCCACGCCACCUCAUCCAAGACAGAAGCAGUUCCCCCAGAACUGUCCAGUCAAAUCACAGCAGCAGUGCGCGCCCAAACCAGGACCCCAAGCCACAACGGACGUCUCACCUGGCACGAGAAGAUCCUCAUGUACGAUCCGCUCAUCCUGGAGGACUUCACAGCCUGGCUCAACACAGAAGGAUUGGGGCUUGUCCAUGAAGACCGCGAGGUCGGGGCCGGGUUCGUGAGAACCUGGUGCGAGAGUAAGGGGAUCUGCUGCUGUUAUCGGCGGUUAGGUAGUGGGGGGAGAUGAGUGGGUGGGAAAGGAGGUCAGUGCUGGUUGUUGAUCUCGCGUCCUGUGUUUAUAAUCGGUUUGGAUUUGGGUUUGGGUUUGGGUUUGGAUUGUGAUUAUCUUGUAUUGCUGUUGGUGUUGGUGUUUCGAAGAUCAGAGGGAUUGGAGUUGGUAGUGUUAGGUUUGUAUAAUAGAUAUUGAGAUACCCAUAUUUGUAUAAGUACGAG